GACAUGCUCAUGAGCCAGCGGCAUCUGCACCUUCCUGGCAUCGUGAAGAUGGAGGCCCUGGCCGUGCUGCUGCUGGAGCUGACGGAUGAGAGUGACCACCACCACCUCGUGCCGGUCGCCCUCCAGGCAGAAGAUUGUCACCGCCGCAGACACGAUCUCACAGGAAGUAGUGUCAGGAAGCAUUUGACUGACAGCUCGUCAGUUAAGACGACGGCUCGAGGCGGGACAGUGACGCAGCGCCUUCUCCAUCGUUUGCACUACGAAAGGUACAACAUUGUUCUCAUUGCUGCAGUGGACGGCUACUCCAGAAAGGUAAUGUGCCUCGAGGCUGCAACAAACAACCGUGCACAAACUGCGUUUGCUGCCUUCGAAAAAGCAACUGAGAAAUAUGGCAUACCUUCUAGGGUCAGAGCCGACCAAGGGGUAGAGAAUGUAGAAAUAGCCCACUACAUGUUCACAGUCCGUGGAUCCGAUGGAGGAAGCUUCAUCUCUGGAAAAAGUGUCCACAAUCAAAGGAUCGAACGGCUGUGGCGUGAUGUCAGGACCUGUGUGACCUCAAAAUACUACAGCCUACUGCACAACCUAGAGACUGAUCACCUUCUUGAUAUUUCCUCCAGGGGUUAG